CACAUAGCAAAAUUUAACGGACAAAACUUUUCUUUAUGGAAGUUUGGCUGCUGGUUGUUACUCGAACAACACCAGUUGGUUAAGAUUGUAAAUGGACAAGAAAGAUUUCCUGCUGAGACUCUAAAUGAAGAUGGUGUAGUCACAAAUACUGAAGCAAGAACUUGUUGGCAAGAAAGAGACGUUCUGGCCAGAAACUAUCUAGUUGCUACAAUUGAGACUCAACAACAACGAGCAUUGGUCAACUGCAACACUGCCCACGAGAUGUGGAUGCGCAUUUCGGCACAACACCUCAGAAAUGCAGUUGAGAAUCAACAUGUGUUGCAGCAGAAGUUCUUUGAAUACCAAUUCCAGCCUGAUCAUGAUAUCAUGACACAUAUUACUGAGAUCGAGACCAUGGCUUCCCAGCUACAAGAUGUUGAAGCCCCCGUGUCUGAAAUCCAAAUCACGACGAAAAUAAUCUGCACGCUGCCACCAAGUUAUCGAAGCUUCACCACGGCCUGGGAUAGUGUUCCUGCAGCAGAGAAAACUAUUGCACUCCUGACAUCUCGUCUUCUUAAAGAGGAAACGAUGGCGAAGCGUUGGAGUAAAGGUCAACCUGACGCGAACGAUACAGCUUUCUUUGCUUAUAACUUCCCAUCUCACAGUCGCCCAAACAACUCCAACUCUAAACCCACGUUUCGUGGUCGAGGUUUCAAGAGAGGUGGCCGAUUCAACAAUAGACAUCAACCGUACACUGCAAAGGUCUCCACCUACCAUCGAUGCAACAACACCCCGGGAUACACCAUCGAGGUCUUAGCUAGCAGAGCAAGUUCUUGA